UUCACUCAAGAAACCCACGCCCGUCGACGUCGUCAAUUGAAGCCAUCGCGUCGCAAAAUGGCCUCCCUCCGAUCCCAGCGCGCGGCCCAGCUGCUGCGAGGCGCCAUUGCCCCCCGAGUCGCCCUUUCCGCCGCCCCCCGUCGAUUCCAGAGCUCCGUCACCCAGGCCUCCGGCACAGUCCCGGCUCCCACGACCAACGAGCCCGACUACGACAUCCAGGCUGACAAGGCCACCUCCACCUACACGCCCGUUCCCAAGUCGGUGCAGGAGGGCAGCGAAGAGAUCCUCCCUGCUGCUACCAUCUCGGGUGCCCCCAUGGAGCUCCAGGCCCGAACAGUCCGCAUCUACCAGGAGACCAAGCCCGCUACUCAGUCCGGCGAGUGGCGUGGCCAGCGCUGGCGCAUGGACUGGGACAUCCUCCCCAAGGGCCACCGAUGGGAAAACCCUCUGAUGGGAUGGCAGUCUUCGGGUGAUUUCAUGCAGGGCACGCACAUCAACUUCAAGAGCAAGGAGGAUGCCAUUCACUUCGCCGAGAAGCAGGGCUAUGAGUACUUCGUCCAGGAGCCCAACUCGCGCAAGUUCGCCCCCAAGGCGUAUGCCAACAACUUCCUGUACUCCGCCGGAAAGCUCAAGCACAUCCGGACGAAAUAG